AUGGGGUGCGGGGCUUCUAAGCCUGUGGAAGAGCAGCGAACAGUCCCGGAGCCUAAGAAAGGCUGGGAGGAAGGGAGCGAGGUUGAUAUUGGUGAAUCUCAUAUACCUGUAAAUGUUGGGCCUUGGGAUGGGUCAGCAAGAUCUAAAAGUAUUAUGGAUAAUGAAUUUGGACUGGAAGAUGGUGUCUUAAUGGGAAGCUUACCUGGAACCAUUCUAGAAAAUUCACCACCUCUUGAUAAAAAAAAUGAAGAAGUAAAAACAGAACCAAUGAUUAACGGAUUAAUCGAUACGUCCCAACACUUUCAGAGUCGAGAGAGGCCAAAAUCAUCAGACAUCCUGGAGGAACUUUUCAUUCAAGGAAUAAUGCAAAGUCAAAGUAAAGUAUUUAGAAAUGGAGAAUCAUAUAAUGUCAUGGUAAGCACAGAUGAGAAGCCUCUCAUGAAGCCGCCUGCCAGACUGGAGAAACUUAAGACCAAAAGGGAAACAAAUGGGUUCACAAUAAGAAAUAUUGACGAGAAGAUGAAGGCAGCAGAUGAAAGGAGGAAGGUUAAAAGUGAAGAAAUGAAAAAAAGGCUGAGAAGUGAGAGGCCUUUGCCACCAAUUGUCCCUUCAAGCACAGCAAAGCUGAGUGAAGAUGACACUCCAUUUGCCAAAGGAUUUGAUGCUACAGGCUCUUCUGUGUUUCAUCCCUCUGCCAUGGAAACAAGAAGGCAAGUGAAAAGGAAAAAAAGCAUCGGGAAAGGCAAUAUGGCUUCAAGUGAAAUAAAUCAAAGUUAUGAAGUCUUUGGGGUUGUGGAGUCUGAUGUGCACUACAACACUCCCAAUGACGUAUUCUGA